GCAGGUCGGGCACGUUCUCUGGGUCCAUCCUCGAUGUCAGUGUCAAGGAGAGCAGAGUCAGGGCCAAGGUUACCAUGUUCUUCUCUCGCGUAGGCAGGCAGCAACAUGGCCUUGCAAUGCACCAAGUCAGCGGGACACUGGAAGAUUGUCGUGUGGGACGAGGAGGGCUUCCAGGGCCGGCGGCACGAGUUCACGGCGGAGUGCCCCAGCGUGCUGGAACUUGGCUUUGAGACUGUGCGAUCUUUGAAAGUGCUGAGUGGAGCGUGGGUGGGCUUUGAGCACGCUGGCUUCCAAGGGCAGCAGUACGUGCUGGAACGGGGCGAGUAUCCAUGCUGGGACGCCUGGAGCGGCAACACGGCCUACCCUGCCCAGCGGCUCACCUCCUUCCGGCCUGUGGCCUGCGCCAACCACCGUGACUCAAGGCUGACCAUCUUCGAGCAAGAGAACUUCCUGGGCAGGAAAGGAGAGCUGAGUGAUGACUACCCCUCCCUACAGGCCAUGGGAUGGGAUGGCAGUGAAGUGGGCUCCUUCCACGUCCAAUCCGGGGCGUGGGUGUGUUCCCAGUUCCCGGGCUACAGAGGCUUUCAGUACGUGCUGGAGUGUGAUCACCACUCGGGCGACUACAAGCAUUUCCGGGAGUGGGGCACUCACGCCCAGACCUUCCAGGUGCAGAGUGUCCGCAGGAUCCAGCAGUGACCAGGAGGGCGGCGCCGGCCGUGAGCCCGCACUUGUCUGCAACGGACGUGCCCCCUCCCCCUGCAAGUCCACGUUGACCCGGCACCCACGUGAGCCAGUCCACGCGUGCGUGGUCAGCGCAAAAACCUGAAAAUAAUAGAAAAGUAAUAAAGGUCCAGUGUUAGCUUG